GCGCAUCUUGAAGGAAAACCAUCCCCUUUAUGCAGGCGAGAGAAAAAGAAGCAAUUUCUUGCAGAUCGAGUUCUCUUCCAAACCCUAACCCUACGCACAGAUCCUUUGUGAUCCGAAAUCCUAGAUCUCCCUAACCCUAGAAUCGAACAGAUCCUUACCGUCAAUCACCAUACGACAAUGGGGAACACCGAGAAGCUGUUGAACCAGAUCAUGGAGCUGAAAUUUACCGCCAAAUCCCUCCAGCGCCAGGCCCGCAAGUGCGAGAAGGACGAGAAAUCCGAGAAGCUCAAGGUCAAGAAGGCGAUCGAGAAGGGCAACAUGGACGGGGCCCGCAUCUACGCUGAGAACGCGAUCCGCAAGCGGACGGAGCAGAUGAACUACCUCCGCCUCUCGUCCCGCCUCGACGCCGUCGUGGCCCGCCUUGACACCCAGGCCAAGAUGACGACCAUCAACAAAUCCAUGGCGUCGAUUGUCAAGGCCCUUGAUUCGACGCUCGCCACUGGGAAUCUCCAGAAGAUGUCGGAAACGAUGGACCAGUUCGAAAAGCAGUUUGUGAACAUGGAGGUCCAGGCCGAGUUCAUGGAGAGCUCGAUGGCAGGCAGCACAUCGCUGUCGACUCCGGAAGGGGAAGUCAACAGCCUGAUGCAACAGGUGGCGGAUGAUUAUGGGCUGGAAGUGUCGGUGGGGCUGCCGCAGCCAGCAGCGCAUGCGAUCCCUGCCAAGGUGACCGAGAAGGUGGACGAGGACGAUCUGUCGAGGCGCCUUGCCGAGCUCAAGGCCAGAGGUUGAGGGAAUUCAGAAUUGGGAUGGUGAGCAUCCUUAUUUACUUUAUGUAAUAUAUUGAAUAUGCUGGAGUUUUUUCUUUUUCUUUUAUAUAUCCCUAUGUGGAUCUUUGAAUUGCUUCGGAUAGCAUGAAUUGCGAAUUUCUGAUGUGGGAUUAUGAUGGGAUUGAAGAAUAUUGCAGGGAAAUUCUGAAAUCUA